UGGCCCACCCAACUGCAUUUGCUUCUGGUACACCCGAACUUCUUCCAGAAAAUAUGAUAAGUCUACUUACGCCCGAAGAAGAAGCCACAUACCUUGAUUUCUACAGUAAUAACAUCAUCAAGACUUGUAAUUUCUUCAAGAUGCCCACCCAAGUGAAACUAACUGCUGCUUCGUUCUUCAAGAAGUUUUAUCUUGUCAAUUCAGUAAUGGAAUAUCAUCCCAAGAAUAUUCUUUAUACAUGUGUGUUCUUGGCAGCUAAAUCUGAGAACUACUUUAUAUCCAUUGAUUCCUUUGUACGGGCCCUUCAAGGGACCGAAGCUGCGCAUAUCCUCGAUUUGGAAUUCAUAGUUUUACAAAGCUUGAAAUUCACAUUGUUGGUACAUCACCCCGUAAGACCUCUUUAUGGGUUCUUUCUCGAUUUCCAGGCGGUAUUGCUACAUCCAGAACCAGUAAUGUACGAUGUGUCCGUUGAUACCUUGGGAAAUUUGUACAAUAGAGCCAAGGAUUGGUUAAAUGAACAUGCUGUUACUAGUGAUGUCACGUUUUUGUUUACUCCUCCUCAAAUAGCCUUGGCUGCCAUGUAUGACACUGAUAAGAGGAUAACCGAUCGAUAUUUGAAAAGAAAGUUUUUGAAAGAAGAUAAGGAGAAGUUGAAUGUUAUUAAGGAAGGUGAUGAGGAACAGCCAGAUCAAAACACUGAACCGCAGAACGAAGAAAGCGAAAAGCAGGGAGUAGUCAAAGAAGAGAGUGAAACUAACAGCCAUCAUAACAUCAAACUCCAUACUCAAAGAGAACACUACGAAACUUUGGUCAGAACAAUUAGAAAAUGUAUCAAAAUCGCCAAAGAGGUCAAACCAACUACCCGUGAAGAAAGUAAGGAAAUUGACAAGAAGUGCUUCUUUGCAUUAAACCCCAAGAAGCUAAUUGAUAAAAGGAUCAAGAGACUAGCUUUAGAGGAAAAGUAGUUGUAUGAUUAUGUAUUACUAGUUAAAUCACCUUUAAAUAUUAGCACGUGACUAAUUUUAUGAUUGCGCGAUUGCUAAUUCCAGUUUGUAAAAGUUGCGCUUUUGUCAUUAUAUAAGUACACUCUGUAUUGCUUUCC